CCUUCGUUUUGCACACCAAGACGAAAUGGCGGGUAAUGAAAAUAAUUUCUUAGAGGAAACGACUAAAAAUCCAAGUAAUUUCGAUAUUAUAACGCUUUCAAGUGAUGAGGAAGAAUCAAAGGAAGACAAAGAUGUGAGCUUCCUCUUUAAACGCUUCAUUCUGGCAUGCCGACCGCAUGUAACGAAGGAGGCCAUAAAAGAUGUGCGAUUAUUAUUUACGGAAGUUCAAGGAAAUUUACACGGAUCGAACGAACUGGGGAACAUGUUAGAACGUUAUGGUAAAGAGAUUACGAAAGCCAACGUAGAUUUGUACUUAAAUCUGAUUUGUAAUGCAUUGAAUGAGAAAAAAUCUGAAAAUCGCAAUAGUAUCCCGUUGAAUUCCGUCACUGUGAAUAAUGGAAAUUCUGUGACAGACAAAGUUGAAGAAAAUAAUUCACUUCGUGACGUAAGCGGCCCGCCAAUUUUUAAAGCAACUCUAAAGUCAUCCACAGGUCAAAACAACGAACCAGUCUUGCCUACAAAUGAACGACCUGAUAUUACUUUCAUCGAAAAUGAUGAUGAUGAUGAUGACUUUGUCAGUAAAGUGCCAUUAAAAAAACCUAUUGAAAGAGUGGAAACUAUGCCUUCAACCUCAACUGCAUAUCACAAUGCCAAAUCUGACAAAGCUAAUAAGAAAAUGUCUAUUAAAACACUUACCAAACCCCAAAGGAAAAAACUUGCGGCUCGGCUUCAGCAACGCCUAAAGCAAAUUAGCAAUGAAAUCAAAAUAUUAGAUAGAGCAGAACUAACACUUGAAGAGAUGGAUAUGGAUGGCAGUACCUACAUCAAAGAAAAUAGGUUGAAGAAAAAAUUUGAAAAGACUUGGAAUAAACUAUGCAAGAUAUUAGGUCGGCCACCCAACACUGGACGUGUUGUAGAAAAACCGAUUCGUGCAAGCUCGACUGGGUAUUCUAUGAUAGAUAAGGCAAUUUCCAAGUUCUUGCGUGAUCAUCCUGGCAUGUUUCCUAAUUACUUUGAUGUACAAAAUAUUGUGUUAGGUGCAAAUAGAAAACAUGACUUGCGCAUGUCAUCCCAAGUGCUGAAAGGGCUUAUUGCAGAUAUUUUCACAGAUAUCGGCAACAAGCUACAGAAACAACGAGAAAAAGAUUUACUGUUUAAUUUUGGAUCACAUUUGCUAGAUGAUUUUAAGGCAGAUGACGAUCCUGCAUUAUUUAGUGAGGAGCUUGCCCACCAGUUGGCAAAGAACCGUAAAAUAUCGAAAAGAAACCUAAAACAAGUAUACUCUAAGUACACACACCUAGAACGCUACAAGAUUGAUGAUAGAUCAACAAAGUAUAGUCCCUUGGAUGAUGACAAGGAUAGUAGUACUGAAUCAAGAUCGUCUGGUGAUGAAGAGGAGACUAUGAAUAUGAAAUGCAGUCACCCUCGUAUUCAUGGAGUUAGGGAUAAAUCGAGAAAGAGGAAGGGUUCACUAUCUCCUAGACCUAGCACAUCUAGACAAGUAGAUAGAGAUGUAAGUUGCGAAUCCAGUUCCGAUGAUAGACAUCAUCCCUCAAGAUCGAUUGAUGUUGAUUCAAUUGUAGUUAUUGAUACAGAUGGGUCUUCCACACAAGCACCCUUAGUUGCACCUGUUUUGCCAGAAUCAGAUGUGUCUUCCUCACAAGAGUACUCUGUCCCACCAACUAUGCAAGAACCUACAGCUAUUAAAGUGGAGUCAAUCGUGGUAGAGGAUGCAGGUGUGUCUUCAGGAGAACAUUCUCUCUUCUCUGCUAUGCCAAACGCUUUGUUAGACAUUUCGUCAGCUACAACAAAUUGUAAAACAACAUCAGCAGACACCGACCAUGUUGAUCAAUGUCCAGCAUCCCCAACGUUUCCACUAUGUAGUACAAAUGACAAGGCUGAUAUCAAAACUCCUGAACUGGCAACUUCUGAUCCACCCCCCUUAGAUGGUGAUAGGAAAAUUGAUGAACAGACAUUGUCCUCAUGCAGUGACUGUGAAGUCAUAAAUGAUACUAAUGAACUCAGACAAUUUAGUACACCUGCUAAUGAGCCUCUGGAUUCUCAAAAUGAACCAAGCACUGAUUUUAAUAAUGAGCUGGAAAAACUUAAUAAACCUUCUGAUGAGUCAUCUUUUCUUAAUAUGAAACUAAACAAUGUCCCACAGGAACCACCUAUGAAGCAACAUGACAAACUAGCUAAUGAGCCAUCAGUAUGUGAGUCACGUUCACCCAUUGAUGAUAACUGCGUAGUAAUUAAAGAUGAUGAAGAUACCAUUCAUGCUACUACUAGUUGUGAGGGGCCACCUGAGGUUGCAAAAGCAUCAGCACCUAAUGAUGAGCUGGUAUCAAUGUUAAAUGCUCUUCAAAAUGUUUUUCAACCUAAAGAUGACAUUUUAGACAAAUCAAAACCUUCUAUCCCAAUGUGUAAUGAUGCCAUUAAUCCUGGAAACACAGGUGGUAAUGACAUCCCAGACAGGAUAUGUGAAGCAACCAGUACUAGCAUUGACAACAAAGUGAAUUUUGGUCAUCCUGUAACUUCAGCUGUAGCGUUACCUUUGGGUGAUAAAAAAUGUUCAACUGAUAAUAAUGACAUUGAUACAGAUUCAACCGAUCAACCACUAAAACCUAAAAUAGAACAAACUGCUCUAGAAGAACAAACCACUUGUAUUAUGUCAACAAAGCAAAGUGAAACAGAACAGAGGAACAUUUCAAGUCAAUCAUCCCCAAACAUUUUGGAAAAUCCAAGAAAAAGAAAAGCAACUGCAGAACUUGCAGUGUGCAUACCAAAAUCAACAGUGAAAUGCUUAGAAAAGAUAGCUCUAGCAUUAAAAAAUAAGAGGUUGAAAAUCCCAGAUGCUUGGGUAAAUUCAAGCAAAGUUGAAAGCAUUAAUAAUACGUCUACAUCAAUCCAAACACCAAUGCUAAAAGAAUCAUCCUCAGCUAGUGUUGGUGCUUCCUUAUCCAAACUCCCCACAACAUCAGCAGACACUCAUUGUGGAAUUCAGAAUACAUCCCCUCUGGUAAAUGGAAAAGCAAAAAUUGACUUAGAACACAGAGAACAGUUUAGAAAGAAAACACUAAAUGCCAUAAAACUGCCCAUAAAUGUUGACUGCAAAGAAGAAUGUCUGUCUGACGAAGAAUGUCUGUCUGACAGUAAUCCCCAUACUAGCUCUGUAUCAAACAAAACUGUAUUAGGCAUGGUGUCUACAUCUGAUAUUGUUGGUCAGGGUGAUCAACAUGAAGUCAUUGUUAUUGAUGAUUAGUAUGUAAAUAGUUUUCAGUUUACCACUGCUCAGUGGCAUUGACAUUGUGUAUUAAAGAACUAUUGUAUGUAUUUAUCAGUAGUUUGUCUCAGUGGUUGCACAGGAU